CCGGCAGGCGCUGACUCGGCCCUUUCCGCCUCGCUCCCGCCCAGCUCUCGGGUCGCUGCGCAGAGACCCGCCGCCGCCGCUAAAUCACCACAAAACACCCUUCUUUCCCCCCCCUUUCCCUUCCCGCCGCCAUGAUCAUCUACCGGGACUGCAUCAGCCAGGACGAGAUGUUUUCCGACAUCUACAAGAUCCGGGAAGUGGCGAACGGCCUGUGCCUGGAAGUGGAGGGGAAGAUGGUCACCAGGACAGAGGGUCAAAUUGAUGACUCUCUAAUUGGUGGCAAUGCCUCUGCUGAAGGUCCUGAGGGAGAUGGAACAGAAGCCACGGUCAUAACUGGUGUUGAUAUAGUAAUAAACCACCACCUUCAGGAAACCAGCUUUACAAAAGAAUCCUACAAGAAGUACAUCAAGGACUACAUGAAAGCAAUCAAAGCCAGACUUGAGGAACACAAGCCAGAGAGAGUAAAGCCUUUCAUGACAGGGGCUGCAGAACAAAUCAAACACAUCCUUGCUAACUUCAAAAACUACCAGUUCUUUGUAGGAGAGAACAUGAAUCCAGAUGGUAUGGUGGCUCUCCUGGAUUUCCGUGAGGAUGGUGUGACCCCGUAUAUGAUUUUCUUUAAGGACGGCUUAGAAAUCGAGAAAUGUUAACAAAUCAAACAGUAUGGUUUUGGAUCACUUGUCUUCAUAGCUGGCUGCUGUUUCUUCUUCAUUGGCACAACACCAGGAAUCGGCAAUGUCUAACAACUGGACUGAUGUCAUCUUGAGCUUUAUUCACUUAUUUUGACCCUGAUUUGGAGUGAAGGCAUUGUUUUAAAAAAAGAAAAAACCAAACAUCUGUCAUGUAGGUUGUCUAAAAUAAAACUCAUUUAAACCCA